AUGGCUCUGUCAUUGCUCAUGACAUUAGCCGAUGCUGCUGACCAAGCCGUUCCAUUGUCAGCUUCAGAAACGGCUGCUCUUUGUGCUCUACAAAGACUUGCUUUGAUGAGUAGACCUGCUACAUCCAUUGCUAAACUGCCAUCUAAACAUUCAACCAAGACAUCUACUACUUCAGUCAAGGUUGAUGUGUCUAAUGCAGCCGUACUGUGUUCUACUCGCCCUACUCGCAUUCAACCUCACUCAUUUCCAGGUGCCAACAGUCACCUUGAUUCUUCAUCGUCGCUCUGCUCCAUGACUCAUAGCUCAGUGGAUGGCAUUCAGUCUCCAAAGCCAGGUAUGCUAGACUACAUUCCUGCCACAUCGCCAGACAAUGGCAAUGCUGGUCUGGUCAGUAGAUACGCCGCUUCAUGUAUCGCUUCACCAGCUAUCCCUACACGUCAACUGCAAUUAAACCGGUCUACUCUGCGCAAGAUUCCGUCCUACUCAUCCCUAGUGAUGCUUACAAGCGUUGCUUCUCCCUCUUCGCUUCCCACAGCCACCUCUUCUCAGCAACAACUCCCCCGCUCUGCCGAGAGCGGUCUAGAUUUACUUACAGAUGCAAUGCUCGAUGAUAUUGAUCUGUCACUCACUAGCCACUCCAUUUCACACUUGGUUUCUAACUACAAGCAAGAUCAGCACCGUCUCUCCAAAAUGGCAGACUCUACACUGCUGACAUCAGCAAGCAAAAGCGACUUUUCCAUAACUGCGCAUGUCUGUAUGCAAUGCAAUCAUCGAGGGUCGCUUGUCACUCCAAGUCACUCUGCUAUGAAGCAAUCGCGAGGUCAACUGAUGCUUGAAACUAGACGUCAGCAAUUGUCCAUUUCUCUUGCACAGCGUAUUGCUGCUGAAGAAGCCAGACUUCGAUUGGUUCCUGCUAGUCCUGAACGCUUAGUUGCAUUAGAUCGACUAAUGCGAAUGCGCGCACGGAAGAAUUCUUUGUUGAUGGCAGCCAGGCAAUUGCGAUCUGUAAAUCAACCUUCCUCAUCCGUAUCUACAGUUGGUACAUCAAGUCCAUCGUCAUCCCAGCGUCUCGUAAAGAUGACUAAAACUGUUGUUGCUAUUCCUCCAUUUGUACGUAGAUCUCAGUCGAACCAGAAUCCCUCGACCUCAACCAGCAAACAGAAUUGUUCUAAACCACCCACACUCUUGUUAUCAUCUACAAGACGAGUCACUAUUUCUUCUACCAAGCCACCUGGUCGUGAUUCCAUUCCCAUUUUGCCUGUUACUAAUUCCUGUCCAAUCAAGCGAUACUAUUGUUCCAGUCUUGCUUCAAGAUAG